AUGUCGAGCCGAAGGUCGUCGUCGCGUGGCAACAUCUCCGAGGACGAGAUCAACGAGCUCAUCUCCAAGCUCCAGGCCCUGCUCCCCAGCUCCCGCCGCCGCGGCUCCGGCCAGGCGUCGACGACGAAGCUGCUGAAGGAGACCUGCAGCUACAUCAAGAGCCUCCACCGGGAGGUGGACGACCUGAGCGACCGGCUGUCGGACCUCAUGUCCACCAUGGACCACAACAGCCCCGGCGCGGAGAUCAUCCGCAGCAUCCUCCGCUCCUGA